GCGAGAGUUUAAACAACACGCGUUCUUUCCGGUAUUAUUUGCGCUUGCGCAGACCGGCUGAUCUGACCUUCACUGAAGUGAUCAUGUUCGCCAGGACCAGCGCGGCGGUGUUCCUCCCACAAUGUGGGCAGGUCAGGAACAUGGCAACCUUGAAGGACAUCACCCUUCGGUUGAAGUCCAUCAAGAACAUUCAGAAGAUCACCAAAUCCAUGAAGAUGGUGGCAGCAGCUAAAUACGCUAGAGCUGAGAGGUCCCUGAAGCCAGCCCGCGUCUAUGGCACUGGUUCUCUGGCUCUCUAUGAGAAAGCUGAGAUCAAGGCUCCAGAAGACAAGAAUAAGCACCUGAUCAUCGGCGUGUCUUCUGAUCGUGGUCUCUGCGGUGCCAUCCACAGCAGCGUGGCCAAGGCCAUGAAGAGCGAAAUCGCCAAGCUCUCUGGUGCCGGCAAAGAAGUUAUGGUCGUAAAUGUCGGUGACAAACUCCGAGGUCUGCUGUACAGGACCCAUGGCAAACACAUCCUGAUCAACUGUAAGGAGGUGGGCCGCAAACCUCCCACUUUCACUGACGCAUCUGUCAUCGCCACAGAGCUUAUGGAGUCUGGCUAUGAGUUCGACCAGGGAACCAUUGUUUUCAACAGAUUUAGGUCUGUGAUUUCAUACAGGACAGAGGAGAAGCCUCUGUAUUCUAUGGACACCAUUGCAAGCUCAGAGAAUAUGAGCAUCUAUGAUGACAUCGAUGCUGAUGUGCUGAGGAAUUAUCAGGAGUUUUCUCUGGUCAACAUCAUCUAUUAUGGGUUGAAGGAAUCCACCACCAGUGAGCAGAGUGCCAGGAUGACUGCUAUGGACAAUGCUAGCAAGAAUGCUUCUGAUAUAAUCGAUAAGCUGACCCUGACUUUCAACCGAACUCGCCAGGCUGUCAUUACCAAGGAGCUCAUCGAGAUCAUUUCUGGAGCUGCUGCUCUAUAAAUAAGGAGCCCUGUAUAGCUACUGUGUGGUUCUGGUGCACAUGCUCUCCAAUUCGGUGAUCUUAUGUAGAAUUCAUAAAUAUAUAUGUGCUUGUAUUUGUACAAUGACGGAGAAAAUAAACCUCUUACAAAGAAACACCA